AUGUUUACGAACAGAGGACGCGGAGGACCCAGCAGGUCAACUCCGGCCAAUGUCCAGUGCCAAAAAUCACGGCACUAUUCAUAUGAAUGCAAGGCAUCAACUCAGGAACGGCCAUAUGUCUCUCGUCCUUCGCGUUCACAACAGCUUCGCAAUCCUAAGCUUGUCCCUAAACUGACGAGUGAUACUCCAAACCCCCUUGAAAAGAAGAAAGGCGUUGCAGAUGAGGAACUUGCCAAAUUAGAGGCCGAACGGGAAAGAAAGCGAGAGCUCGAGGAUCGCGAUGAUGAACUGCUAGAUGCAGGUUCCAGGCGCCGGAGAUCCAUCUCAUCUCACUCAGUCUCAACCAUCUCAACAGAUGCCUCGAGAGAUUCUCGCUCUCCACCACCUAGACGAAGAACUAAAUCUCCAGCCGCCAAGCGUCGAGAUCAUAGCCCCAAGCCUGCCAGCAAUCGCAGUUACAGCGCAGACUCCGCCAGUGAUCGCAGUUACAGCCGAAGCCCGUCACCUCCACGACGACAAAGGCGUUCAGUAUCACGCGAUAGCCGAUCCCCUUCGCGCGAGGGUACUCCAGAGAGUGAUAGGAAUCGAUACGGGCAGCCCUCUCAUGCUCGAAGAGAUGACGUCUCGCCCCCUCGCCAACGGUAUGAUCAGGGGCCUGGGAGGCGUCAUGGCGAACGGCGGGGUGAUUCAAACUCGCGAUCCAGGUCACCGCAGCGAGAUAACCGGCCAUAUAGAAGGCGAGAUGAUGACAACCGACCGCGUGGCGGACGUCGUGGCGGUGGUCAUCCGGGACAAGGGAGAAUGCCUCCUAGAGACGCGCCUCGAGAGCGAAGUCUGAGCCCCUUCAGCAAGCGGUUAGCGUUAACCCAGUCUAUGAACAUGGGAGGAAGAUAG